AUGAGUGGGCAUCGGUCAACAAGGAAGCGAUGUGGAGAUUCUCACCCGGAGUCCCCUUUGGGCUUCGGGCAUAUGACUACUCCCGGGUGUGUAUUAAAUAAGUUGUUCCAGUUACCUACACCACCAUUGUCAAGACAUCAACUUAAGCGGCUAGAAGAACACAGGUAUCAGAGUGCCGGACGGUCCUUGCUUGAGCCUUUGAUGCAGGGGUACUGGGAAUGGCUCGUUGGAAGAGUUCCCUCCUGGAUCGCUCCAAAUCUCAUCACGAUCAUUGGGUUGUCAAUAAACAUCUGUACAACUGUUUUAUUAGUCUUCUACUGCCCUACAGCUACAGAGCAGGCACCUCUGUGGGCGUAUAUUGCUUGUGCAUGCGGCCUUUUCAUUUACCAGUCUUUGGAUGCUAUUGAUGGGAAACAGGCAAGAAGAACUAAUAGUAGUUCUCCUUUGGGAGAACUUUUUGAUCAUGGGUGUGAUUCACUAUCGACAGUUUUUGUGGUUCUUGGAACUUGUAUUACAGUGCAACUGGGGACAAACCCUGAUUGGAUGUUUUUUUGUUGUUUUGCUGGGACAUUCAUGUUCUAUUGUGCACACUGGCAAACAUACGUUUCUGGAACAUUGCGAUUUGGAAUAAUUGAUGUGACUGAAGUGCAAAUCUUCAUAAUAAUCAUGCAUUUGCUGGCAGUGAUUGGAGGACCACCUUUUUGGCAAUCUAUGAUUCCAGUGCUGAAUAUUCAAAUGAAAAUUUUUCCUGCGCUUUGUACUGUAGCAGGGACCAUAUUUUCCUGUACAAAUUACUUCCGUGUAAUCUUCACAGGUGGUGUUGGAAAAAAUGGAUCAACGAUAGCAGGAACAAGUGUCCUUUCUCCUUUCCUCCAUAUUGGAUCAGUAAUUACAUUAGCUGCAAUGAUCUACAAGAAAUCAGCAGUUCAGCUUUUUGAAAAGCAUCCCUGUCUUUAUAUAUUGACAUUUGGUUUUGUAUCUGCCAAAAUCACCAAUAAGCUUGUGGUGGCACACAUGACUAAAAGUGAGAUGCAUUUGCAUGACACAGCAUUCAUAGGUCCAGCACUUUUGUUUCUGGACCAGUAUUUUAACAGCUUUAUUGAUGAAUAUAUUGUACUUUGGAUAGCCCUGGUCUUCUCUUUCUUUGAUUUGAUUCGCUACUGUGUCAGUGUUUGCAAUCAGAUUGCAUCUCACCUGCAUAUACAUGUCUUCAGAAUCAAGGUCUCUACAGCUCAUUCUAAUCAUCAUUAA